UCACUGGCUGUCAGUUCAGUUGGCGCGCGUUCGCUUUUCAAACGCACGCUUCGUUCGAUCGAUCCGAUUUUCUACCGAACUUUUUAAACUUUAUUUUAAAACCAGCCAGUGCCAUUAUGAAAUAGAAAAGGAAACAAAAGUGCCAUAAAUUGUGUCAGUGCAGUGAUAUCAAUUGUUUUUUAUUGGGAAUAAAUUUACCUGUUGGACUUUCGAGGCAUUUGCAGACUUUAAUUUUACAUUGUUUCAGGUUAAGCUAAGCGUCCACGAUGGCCACGAAGUCGUAUAGUAAACACAAGGAGUAUAAGGAGUUCAAGAGUAGCGGGAAUGUGCCGUAUACUGAUGAGCAGUUUGACAUGUUGAAGUCAGAGCUGAUACCCGCUAAGAGCAAGCUGAACUCUCUGGACCGCAAUGGCGGUGGCGCCCGGGAGUACCACUACGAAUAUUCAGAGGAGAGGCACCCGACGGGAAAAUAUGACCGGAAGGACCUCAGGACUGUCGAGCAAUACACGGUGCCGCCGCACUCGACCCCCAAAUCCGAACACAGUUCGUACUACUACGAGCGCGAGGAGCGUGACCUGCCCGCCAUCAAGUCCGCCACCCGGACUUAUAACUAUGAUUCUUCGACCAGCUCCACUCCUGGCUAUACGAAGGUGAAAAGCUCCAAAGCCACCAAGGAGCUCUCCCACAAUGUGGAAGAGCUGGACUCCUUGCUCGAUGACCUGAGGCAGGACCAGGAGCGGUCGCUGUACAAGAGCGGAUACACUUCUGAUACCGCUGAGAGCUCGUCGUUCGAUUAUAGGAGGGGAACCCCAGUGAAGACCCCGUCCAGCGGCUACUCGACGCUGAAGAAGGAGGAGCGUAUAGAGACCUCGAGCUGGGGCUCCAGCCCCCCGCCCCCCACCGUCACCCGCCAGGAGGCCAUCAAGCAGCAGAUGUAUCGGGAGGAGAAAACUGAGUCCCGCGUGGUUCCGUCGCAGAUAUCUCCGGCCAUCGCGCACCCCGUGCCGGCGCCGGUGUGCGCGUCCUGCCACCACGCGCCCUCGACCACUGGCACUCUAUCCCGCUCCGGCACUCCCAUGAACAAGGUGACGACGACGGUGAAGACGUACACGUACGAGGUGCCGGCGGACAGCGACCCCGCCGCCGCGCCGCUGCCGCCCGUGCCCGACCACCAGCAUACUUAUCUGAGCGAGCGGCAGCAGAUUAAUAGCACUACCAGCAACACCACCCUGGUGCCUCCCUCGCCGUCGCUGGGCUGCCAGUACUGCUCGCACUGCAACUCUCGCAUCACGCGGGGAGUCUCACAGCCGCCGCCGCCGGUGACGUCACACACGUACCACAGCGUCGAGUCUACUGAUGUGACGGACCGCACCAACGAGCGCAUCAUCUACCCGAAGCCCGCCAACGAGACGAAAUUAGUCCCGAGUGACCCCUACCCGCGCGGAAACAACACUUAUAGUCCAACGCACUUCAAGUACUCGGAGACCACGUACUCGUCUCAGAACACGACGGAGCGCCUCCCUCCCCCCGCGUCCCCCUUCCCGCGCCCCGCGACGCCCUCGCAGCUCGAGCAGCAGCCGCCCAAGAGGCUCGAUGAUCUGAUGGCUGACUUUCCGGAGGCGCGCUUCCCAACCCAGCCGGACGGGCUGACCCAGCGCAACAUCCAGGUGACCCACGAGAGCUCCACGCAGGCCAAGGCGCCCCCGGUCGGGUCCAGCCGCAACGUGGCCGGCCCGGCCGUCUACUACCCGCCGGGACACACGCCCUUCCAGAAGAAGGAUGAGGGAUGGCAGACUAGCGCGGCGAUGCAGGGCGGCGGCGCAUACGCAUCAGGCCGAGGAAUGUACGAGUAUGAAUCCGGGUCCAAGAGCAAGUCCAAGACCACAGAGAAGAAGACAGCCGUGCCCAUAUGUCUGCCGCUUUGCUGUGCCAUGCCUUGCGUCAUUAUGUAAAUAUUAGGUGUUAAGGAUUGUUACUGACCAAUGAUUGGUUAGGCAUUUUUUUCUUAGAAAUAUAUUAGUUUGUCGGUUAGGGUUGCUAAAACUUAAGCUGGCGUUAGAUCAUCUUGUAUUCGGCAUUGUCCGCCCGCUUAGGUUUAAAGCAACCCUUCUAAAUCUAGAUAUUUAAGUAUAACCGACCACCUAUCAUCAUUAAACAAAAGUUUAAUUUGGAAUGUAUGUGCCAUGUAAAUGAUGAAUAGGAUAUUUUUUGUUGCUUUUGUUUUAUGUCUCAAAAUUUCUUACAAAGAAACUCCUUGACGACUUGCAAGUUUAUAAAAAAACAAUCUAUAUUAGAAACUAACUUGCAAGUAAUCCUACCUAAAAACCUAACACAGAGACAAUUAAAUAAAUAUGAAUCUUAAAUUAAGAAUCUCAAAAUAUACCUAAUUU